AUGCCAUUACUGUUGAAAGAGUGGUACACUUCAGACAUUGCAAGAGACUACAAACUUUCAUAUAAAUUUCUAUUGGCUGCCGUAGGCAUCACGUUGAACCUAGUCUUUAUUUUCAGUUUUGGACCAAUGGGAUAUGGCGGUAACCUAGCUUUUAACCCAACCCACGCAAGUAUACGGAAUAUAAGCAGAAACACAGUAGAUAUGGUGACAUCCACGGAUCAAUGUCGAUGUCGGCUCGAUCGCUGGGAUCCAAGAGAUCUGCAGUUGGGUCAGCGGCCUAUCCCCACAAGCUUGCCAAACGUUACAAUGGCCAAGCCCGCAACAGCCACCGAGGUAUUUUGGUCCGCAUAUUGA